AUGGCGUCCAGAGAGGUCAGCAUCCAGAUGGCGUGGGUACUGAACGGCCAGCCGUGGUGUGCCCCGUCCCCGGAGCCGCUUCUCCUUCGUGUGCCGUCGCGGGCCGCCGGCAUUUCUUCAAUGGAGGCCGCCGAUGCCGUCGUUUCCGGCGGCAGGACCACCAAGGAAGCGGCCGCGGCUUCUUACGCUGAGACGUCGAGCUCUGUCUUGAUCAGCGUGCCAGGCUCGCCUUCGGGGCUCCACCUCGCGCAGCUUGGCGUGCCGCCGUUCGUCCGCGCCAACGAGACCGGCGUGGACGCCCCUGCCGUGCCGCCAAGCGAGUCGACGGUCCAGCGGGCUCACUACCCGGCGGUGCCGCAGCUGCUGAAGCAGGCCCGACACCACUCGCAGCCGUCCCUGGUGGUCAGAGGCGGCGGAGAGGUGCCGGCGGUGCCGCGGAGCGACAGCUCGCGGGAGCGAGACCGGCGGUUUGACCACUUUAAGACGUUCUCUGGCCGCCUUGAGAGGCAGCUCUCCAGCGUCCACCGGGUGCCACAGGACACCGAUGUCGAGAAAGGUGCGGCGUCAAAGAUCUCAGAGGAGGACACCGACGAGGAUGAUGCCGUGCCCACCUCCGACCGCUACUUCGCCGCCCUCGAAGGGCCCGAGCUCGAGACCCUUCGUCCGACGGAGGUGGCGGUGCUGCCUAAGGACGAGACAUGGCCGUUUCUGCUCCGGUUCCCCAUCAGCGCCUUCGGGAUGUGCCUUGGCGUGAGCAGCCAGGCCAUGCUGUGGAAGACCCUCGAGUCAGAGCCCUCCACCAAGUUCCUUCAUGUGCACCCUGCUGCCAACCACGUCCUCUGGUGGAUCUCUGUCACACUCAUGGUUGUUGUUUCCAUCACCUACCUUCUUAAGGUCGUCUUCUACUUCGAGGCUGUCCGCCGCGAGUUUCAUCACCCGGUGCGCGUCAACUUCUUCUUUGCACCAUCGAUUGCUUGCCUCUUCCUUGUCAAGGGUGUGCCGCAUCCGGUGUGGGAGAUCCACCACGUUGUUUGGUACCUUCUCAUGUUGCCCAUCUUGUGCCUCGACCUCAAGAUCUACGGCCAAUGGAUGUCAAGCGGCGAGCGGCGCCUCUCAAAGGUGGCCAACCCAUCCAACCACCUUGCUGUCGUUGGCAACUUCGUUGGUGCGCUGCUCGGCGCUAGGAUGGGUCUCCGAGAGUUGCCAAUCUUUUUCUUCGGCGUCGGGUUGGCCCACUAUGCGGUGCUCUUCGUCACUCUGUAUCAGCGGCUCCCCACCAAUGUGCAACUCCCAAAGGAGCUCCAUCCAGUGUUCUUCCUUUUCGUCGCCGCGCCUAGCGUCGCGUCCAUGGCCUGGGCGAGGAUCUCUGGCGAGUUCAACGAUGGUGCGAAGCUACUUUACUUCAUCUCACUAUUCCUCUAUGUGUCGCUAGUGGUACGCGUCAACCUCUUUCGGGGGUUCAGGUUCUCGCUGGCAUGGUGGGCGUACACAUUCCCAAUGACGAGUGUGGCCUUGGCGACCGUGUUGUAUGCAUCGGAGGUAGACAAUGUGCUGACCCGCUCACUGGUAGUCGUGUUGUCAGGAAUUGCCGUUGUCACGGUCACCGGCGUGCUAGUCACCACCAUGUACCACGCCUUCCUGCGGAAGGACCUCUUCCCCAAUGACGUAUCGAUAGCCAUCACGCGACGAAAGCCCAAGUUUAGCAAGAUCCUCGCGCACCUUCGGUCGUCGAGCUCUGAUGUCAAGGAGCUUGUUCUUUCCAUCCCAAAUUUAAGUUCCAGUUUCAAGCAGGGCGCAUACUGCAAUGACGCCAGCUCCAACUACAAGACGAGCGGCGGUGUCGGUGAGUCUCCUGUGGCACACAGGCUCGGAAGAGCAAAGUGUUAG